AUGCCUAUUUGUAUAGAGUGCCGAUAUCCUGUCAAAACUCUAUGGACUCAGUAUUCCGGGGCCGAUGACAAGUCGAAUGGGCACUUGAUCCGUCUUACAGUCUGUCGAAAAUGUGGCAAUUUUUGCGAUAAAUACGUAGAGCAUGACUUUGUCGUGCUCUUCAUUGAUUUAGUCCUCAUCAAACCUCAGGUAUAUCGCCAUCUACUACACAAUACUUUAAUGCGAGAUGGCGAUCGCUUCGACCCUUCUAUCAUUCGCCUGGGCGUUCUGCUGCUUCUAUUUGAUGUCUACUUGACAUGGGCGCGUAUAGAGAAACAAACCAUCCCUUCGCCAACUCCUGGAGAGAGCAAAUUAGGACCACUCGCUGAACAGCCGAUUGUGAUUCAGUACAUGUUCUUUCUGAUCCUCUGUGCUUUGUCAACCUUCGCUUUCCAUCUAAGCAUCCGCUUCCUUACCUCAUCCGUCUUCUCGCCGCUUAACAUGACGAAGCUAAUGCCACGGUAUUCUCGACCAAAUUCGGUUUCAACAGCCUUACUUGUUUCUUCCUCGACCAAAUUAUUUCCAAUCUUAAUGGUCAUCUGGGAAUAUGAUGUGCCCGCUGCUGCCAGAUCCCUUGGCUGGGCCGUCGUGGCAAACAAUGUGGAGGCUCUCCGCAUUCUACUCGAUUGCAAAUACUAUGUUGCCUGCUUCUUAGCGAUUGCCGGCGCGUCUGUACGAUGGGCUGUGGGCCAGUUGAUAUUAAUCUCGGCUGGACUUGGUGAUGUAGACUCCAUUGGUGAUAGCAGCGUAGCUGCAGACGGCAAAGCUCUUUGGGCCCUUGUGAAGUACGCCAGGGACUGGGCCGGGCGUUUAGUCGUAGGAUAGUGCGAUUCUGACAACCAAAGCUUCCAAUAUGCAUUAACAGCGCCAUGACUGCCUAUAUCAUGUUGUUAUUACACGGUGAUACCGUAAAUAUAUCGGCCCCGUCACACAAUUUAACAUACACAUGACCCAGGCCAGUCUCAACCCAUGCCGAUAUCUCCAUACCCUAUCGAUCAAUAAUGGCGUGAAGGUAAGAAGAGGAACACCCAGAAAGAAGCCUGGUACAAUACAAGAUGCCAUGAAUGAAAUAGAACCCCUAACGCCAGUCUGUCGCACAUGUUUGAAGUCGCGCUCGCCCGAACUGGAAAUCAGCUUCUAGAUAGUAUGCCCUAGAAACUCCUCUCGUAGGUCGCUUCGUUUUGGUGCAAUCAACGGGUGAAGUUGCGCGAGGAAGGUGAUAAGCCACAUUAGAUAGCAGCUGACGAUAGCGAGAAUAAGAGAUGAUCGCCAUAAG